AUGUCUGCUUUCUUCUUUUAUACUUUGUUUUAUAUUUUAAUCUCAGGAUGUAUUGUAUAUCCACCUAUAGAAUUUGUUUCAGCCGGCCUAACCAUAAAAGAUAUAUUUUCAAAUUGGUUAGGUAGUGAAAAUGAAUUUUUCAUACAAUAUCAUAUAAGAAGGAGUGCACUUACAUUAUUUAUACAUUCCAUGCUCCCAUUUGGUUAUACUUUUGGUUUAAUUCUUUUUGGACAUUUAGAUGCUAUAGAAGUACUAUUAGGUCAUGCCAAUUUAUGGAUCAUAUUUAUUACUUGCACUGUACUGUUACCUUCAUACACUUCGUAUAAAAUCUUAACAUGGUCAAUGAAUAAUUGGAACAAACACCCUAUUGCACAAAAUAUUGCAGUUUAUUGUAACAGUACUAAUAAUAAUAGCAAUAGAAUAUCAUGGACUACAGUAGCUUCUGAUAUUAAUAUAGAAUAUCGAAGAAUAGAUAAAACAAUAAUUACCACAAACAGUAUAAUAUGUAUAAUAGCUACAGAUAAUUGGAUAAUUAAAGUUUUACCUUACAAAAUAAUGAUUGCCCAUCAGAAUGAUGCCAUUUUAAUAGUUAACAGAAGUGAUACUCAUGAAAUGUCACCUAUGACAAGAGGAGAAGUUCAAUUUAUUAAUAUUGAGGUAAAAUCUACAAGAAUAGGUUCACAGCCUUUUGAUAUAAGAUUAAAUGCAUUGGAUUUUAAAAAUUUACAAGACAAAAUUUCACGACCUAUCACUAUAUUACAAAACAUCACAUUUCAUAAAACUUUACUUGAAAAAUUUAUUGAUAGUUUUAAAGAGCAAGUACAAGAAAAUCCAUAUUAUGAAUAUACAGAGGAAGUAAGCCAAUGUAUAGGAUGUAUGCAAGCUUUAUCAAACGUAAAAUUAUAUAAACUAUGUAGCAAUGAUAUAGGAAAUGGAAAUCCUGCAGACUGUAUGGUAUGUUCUUGCCGUCCAAUGUGGUGCAUAGACUGUAUGGCUAAAUGGUUUGCAUCUAGACAAGAUGAAGCUGCACCUGAAACAUGGUUAUCUUCUAAAUGUACUUGUCCAGGAUGCAGAGCACAGUUUUGUAUUUUAGAUGUAUGUCUUAUACAACCUAUGUAA